AUGGGAAGCUCUACUAGUGCUUGGUCUCUACCAUUACCAUUAUGGACACCCCCUAUAUCAACAUACUUCACCCUUCAUGGGAGACAUCUAUGUACCACUAUGAGUACAAGUUCGAUCCUUACUGUCCUCACUUUAAAUAAGUAUAAGUUGCUUGAAGAAGAUUCACAAGAGUGGUUUAACCAUGGUGGAGACUUGUUUAACAGAAGGUAUGCGUACAAGGAACACAGGAUCAGCUCAAAAUCGGUUCCUAACCUGCGUUUGAAGUGGAAAUUCUCUGCAGGCAGAGAAAUAACUGCAACACCAGCAAUUUUCAACGGAACCAUUUAUUUUCCUAGCUGGAAUGGGAACAUCAAUGCUGUGAAAGCAUAUGAUGGAUCUUUAGUGUGGAAGCAGAACAUUCAAAAUUUAACAGGCAUAAAAUCACCUAGCACUAUUCCACGCCUUAAUACCUCGUUCUCAAGAUCAACUCCUAGUUUAGCUGGUGACGAUUUACUUGUUGUUGGAAUAUGUGGCCCUGCUGUUGUUAUUGCUCUGAACAGAACCAAUGGUGAGCUUGUGUGGAAGACCCGAUUGGAUAGCCAUAAUACUGGUGUUAUCACCAUGUCUGGAACAUACUAUAAAGGGGGUUUCUACGUUGGAACUUCUUCAGCAGAAGAAUCGUCAAGUGUAGAACAAUGCUGCACAUUUCGUGGCAGUUUCUCCAAAUUGGACAUAAACACUGGUGCCAUAUUAUGGCAGACCUAUAUGCUCCCGGAUAAUCAUGGCAAUAAAGGAGAAUAUGCUGGUGCUGCUUUAUGGGGAAGUAGUCCUUCCAUUGAUGCAUUGAGAAAUUUGGUAUAUAUUGCUACAGGUAACCUCUACUCUGUCCCAUUAAGAAUAAGUCAAUGUCAAGAACGAGAGAACAAUCAAACAGUACCUACUCAUCCAGAUGAGUGUGUUGAGACUGAUAACCACUCUGAUUCAAUCCUGGCCCUUGAUUUGGAUUCUGGCAAAAUCAAAUGGUAUCGCCAGUUGGGAGGCUAUGAUGUAUGGUUCGCCGCAUGUAGUAAUCUAUCAACCCCUAACUGUCCUCCGGGUCCAAACCCAGAUGCUGAUUUUGGGGAGGCACCAAUGAUGCUCACUAUUUAUGUAAAUGGUUCCAGACAAGACAUCAUUGUUACUGUCCAGAAAAGUGGUUUUACAUGGGCUUUAAAUCGGGACAACGGUAGCCUCAUAUGGUCUACGGCAGCAGGGCCGAGUGGUGAAGGAGGAGGGGGAAAUUGGGGUGCAGCCACUGAUGAACAUAAGGUCUACACCAACAAUGCUAACACUGAUGCUAAAAAUUUCACACUUGUGCCAUCCAAUAAGACUAUAAACAGUGGUGGAUGGGUUGCAAUGGAUGCAAGGGAUGGUAAAAUACUAUGGUCCAUAGCCAAUCCUAGCAAUACUACUACCAUAAGUGGCCCAGUGAGCGUGGCUAAUGGUGUUGUGUUUUCUGGAUCCCCAAAUGCAAAUGGAACAAUAUAUGCGAUAAAUGCAGAGAGUGGACAAAUUCUAUGGUCUUAUGACACUGGCAUUGGUGUCUACGGUGGUGUCUCGAUCAGCGAUGGUUGCAUUUAUGUAGGUCAGGGACUUAGCUCAGUUACUGCGCCUGCAGGGUACAACUUUACGGCACCAAUUUCACUAUUUUCCUUCUGUGUGUAA